GAUAGUUUCGUAAGUCGACGGUAGAAGGAUCGGUGGCAGUCGCGCGCCGGCCGCUGCCUCGAUAGGGUGUUUGUAUUUACGUCGCCGCGAUGAAAAUUUGGCCGCCAUAGAGGUUAUGUUUACGCGUGCCGCGGUAACCAAAUCAACGACGCAUGCCCUUCUGCGUCCAUCUUUUCGAAAAUCCUUCACCGAUCGCCACGUGCCUGUCGAGAAAUCCAUUGACUUCCUACGACAUCGCGUCCCUUGGUGCACGGAGCAUCUUGACAACUCUUGAUAUAUCCAGACUUUCGUAAAUGCGCAGGAGCGUGGUGUGUGCCGGCCCUCGGACGUGAUUUGGUGGUGGUGUGCGUGUAAAGGGCCAACGAGUGAGGCCGCAACGGUGAGCAUUCGAGAUGAGCUAUGAAUUUAGGCUGCCUGGUAGCCAUCGUCUUUGUGCAUCAGCUGCUGUCCGACGCCACAGCGCUACCCUCAGUCGUCAAGAUUGGUGCUAUAUUCACUCAUGACCAAAAGGAUAGCAGUACGGAGUUGGCCUUCAAGUAUGCCGUGUACAAGAUCAACAAGGAGAGGCUCAUACUGCCGAAAACCACGCUGGAAUACGACAUACAAUACGUGCCAAAAGAUGACUCGUUUCACGCGUCGAAGAAGGCGUGUCAACAGGUCAAAUACGGCGUGCAGGCGGUAUUCGGGCCAUCGGAUCCCAUUCUGGGGCAACACAUCCACAGCAUCUGCGACGCACUGGAUAUUCCACAUUUGGAAGCCAGGCUGGACCUGGACACAGAGGCGAAAGAGUUCAGCAUCAAUCUCUAUCCCGCACAAAGUUUGCUCAACGCCGCUUAUCAGGAUAUCAUGGAGUUUCUCAACUGGACCAAGGUCGCCAUUAUCUACGAGGACGAUUAUGGACUGGUGAAGCUGCGAGAACUGGUCAGGUCGCCGAAGUCUCAGGAGAUGGAGGUUAACCUGAGGCAGGCAGAUCCAGAUUCCUACAGGCAGGUUCUAUCCGAGAUGAAAAGCAAGGAAAUACGAAAUCUCAUCGUGGAUACGAGGCCAGAGCAUAUGCAUCAUUUUCUACGAAUGAUAUUGCAGCUGCAAAUGAACGACUACAAGUACCACUAUCUCUUCACAACUUUCGAUAUCGAGACCUUCGACCUCGAGGACUUCAAGUACAAUUUCGUCAAUAUCACUGCCUUCCGUCUGGUCGACGCGGAGGACGUCGGUGUGCGGGGUAUCCUGAGGGACAUGGAGCGAUAUCAACCGUCCGGGAAUACGAUUCUCAACAAAUCGAGAGUUAUACAGGCGGAGCCGGCGCUCAUGUACGACAGCGUGCAGGUGUUCGCCAUUGGAUUGAGGACCUUGGAACAGUCGCACGCGCUCAGGCCUGCCAACAUCUCCUGCGAGAUGGAACACCCCUGGGAUGGAGGUUUGUCCCUCAUAAACUACAUCAACUCGGUCGAGAUGAAGGGUAUUUCUGGCCCUAUCGAAUUCAAAGAAGGGCGGAGAAUUCAGUUCAAAUUGGACCUUUUGAAGUUGAAACAACAUUCGCUUGUUAAGGUCGGUGAAUGGCGUCCAGGCAUCGGUGUGAACGUGACCGACACCGCGGCUUUCUUCGAGCCAGGAGCAGCGAAUGUCACCCUUCUCGUCAUCACUAUAUUGGAAAUUCCGUACGUGAUGAUGCACUACGAAAAAAACUACACGGGGAACGCGCGGUUUUACGGUUUUUGCGUCGACCUACUGGAGGCGGUGGCGAGGGAGGUCGGCUUCUCAUACAGAUUGGAGCUGGUACCGGACAGGAAGUACGGCGCGAAAGAUCCGGAAACCGGGGAAUGGAACGGCAUCGUCAGAGAGCUCAUGCGACAUGAGCAGCCAUACGUUAUGGUGAAGAACAGAGGGAAUUUCAGCGGGAACGCACGUUACGAGGGCUUCUGCAUCGAUCUGCUCAAGGAGAUAGCUCACAUGGUGGGCUUCGGCUACAGGAUCGAGCUCGUUCCGGAUGGCAAGUACGGCGUUUACAAUUACGAGACCGGCGAGUGGAACGGAAUAGUGCGCCAGCUGAUGGACAAGAAAGCAGAUUUGGCUGUUGGCUCGAUGACCAUUAAUUACGCCCGUGAAAGCGUGAUCGACUUCACAAAACCGUUCAUGAAUCUUGGCAUAUCGAUACUUUUCAAGGUACCUACCAGCCACCCAGCACGACUGUUCUCUUUCAUGAACCCUCUCGCCAUUCAAAUCUGGCUAUAUGUGCUCGCCGCGUACGUCCUCGUCUCGGUGAUGAUGUUCGUGGUCGCGAGGAUCAGCCCCUACGAAUGGAACAACCCUCAUCCCUGUCACGCAGGCUCCGAAAUGGUCGAGAAUCAAUUCUCGUUGGCCAACAGCUUUUGGUUCACCAUUGGCACCCUGAUGCAGCAAGGUAGCGAUUUGAAUCCCAAGGCAACGAGCACGCGAAUCGUGGGCGGCAUAUGGUGGUUUUUCACCUUGAUCAUCAUAUCCUCGUACACGGCCAACCUGGCGGCGUUUCUUACCGUGGAAAGGAUGAUAACUCCUAUCGAAAAUGCGGAGGAUCUCGCCAGUCAAACAGACAUCGCUUAUGGCACCCUGGAUAGCGGAAGUACCAUGACCUUUUUCAGGGAUUCGAUGAUCGAGACGUACAAGAAGAUGUGGCGAUUCAUGGAGAAUAAGAAGCCAUCAGUAUUCGUGCCUACUUACGAGGAAGGGAUCCAGAGGGUUCUUCAAGGUGAUUACGCUUUCUUAAUGGAAUCCACUAUGCUGGAUUACAUCGUGCAAAGGGAUUGCAAUCUAACGCAAAUCGGUGGACUUCUGGAUAGCAAAGGAUAUGGGAUUGCCACGCCUAUGGGUUCUCCUUGGCGUGACAAGAUAUCUCUGGCGAUUCUAGAACUCCAAGAGAAGGGAGAGAUUCAGAUGUUGUAUGACAAAUGGUGGAAGAGUCCCGGUGACACUUGCAUGAGAACGGAGAAAGGGAAGGAGAGCAAAGCGAAUUCCUUGGGAGUAGACAAUAUAGGCGGAGUAUUCGUUGUACUGCUGUGCGGACUGGCGUUCGCCGUGGUGAUCGCAAUUUUCGAGUUCUGCUAUAAUACCAGAAGGUCGCCGCCAGAACAGAGAGCUCCAGUAUCGAUACCAAUCUGUUCGGAUUCUCUGCAAGGAAUCUCGCAAUCCGUACAACAACAGACGCAGCAACAGUCGCAACAGCAACAACAGCAACCGAAUCAGCAACAGGAGUCUCUGUGCUCGGAGAUGGCGCGAGAACUGUGCCGCGCGUUGCGAUGCCACGCAUCCUCGAGGCGGCGACGCACCUGCGAGAAAUGCUCGACCCAUGUGCUCGGCUAUCCGCCGGACAAUCCCACUGCCACCCCCCUGAAUGGGAUGAGAUCGCAAAGAAGCAGUCUGGGUGUUCCCACAGUCGAACUGCCGCCACACGUCCACAUGCAUCAUCACGCGCCACCACCACACGACUACGAUGGAACUUAACUCAUGAAUCUCGUCGCACUAUUGCGAUCAUCUCUUAGGAUCUAACGAGCAAGAAAAAAUGAACUGAAGAAUAGAAGAAGAAAGAGUACAAUAACCGAGGAAUAAAAUCUCUUUUUUUUUCUUUUGAACAAAAAGAAAAGAAAGAAAAGUGAAUAAGGAUUAGAAAGAUCGACAAGAAAGUACAAAAACGCAUCAAGUGGCAGCGAACGGAUCAGAUCGAUCAGAGAUUCGUCCUUUCCAUUUUUUUUUCUAGAGUACGAGGUAGUAAUCCCGUCGCGGAUAUCACGUCGAUAAUCACCCAAAGAGAACGAACAAUUUGCACAAUUUCUGAUACCGAAUGCCCCGUCGUUGUUCCGCGUCGGAACACGAGCGGUGGAAAAUGGUUCUCGUAUUGUUAUAUCCACUCCCUUUUCUCACUGAAAUCUCACCAAAAAAAAGAAAGAAAGAAAAAAA